AUGUCAAGAACGCCUGACAGUGUAAACGAGGCUCAUAAACCAUUACGACUCGCUCGACAAACUUCACACGAUGUAUUGCGGCCACGGCAGCAAAUGCGUCUGCCAGCACCCAUGUCAGCUUCCAAAUCGACUCGCAUUACUCCUUCGCGAUCACGCAUGUCAGAUAGCUCGUUUGACGACGACACCAGCUCACCCACCUCUGUACCACGAUUUUCGAUUUCCUCCAACAGCUCAGUACAAACAAUACUAACAACGCCGCGAUCCUCCAUCACCACCACCACGAGUCCUAAUAGUCCCAAAGAGAAUGCAACUCAUAGCAGCAGUAACAGCAACAACCAGUCGACUUGGAUCGGUCAACGAGUUACAGUGGAGACAAUGAAUAUUUCAGGGACAUUACGAUUCCUCGGCACCACACAAUUCAAGGCAGGCGUAUGGGCAGGCAUCGAAUUAGAUGAGACAGGGACUGGCAAGAAUGAUGGAUCAGUAGCUGGGGUCCGCUAUUUUGUAUGUCCACCAAAGACCGGCAUCUUUGUACUAUCCUCAAAAGUACAACGUGUCAUCAAAGGUGCAAGAGCUUCCCGUUAUGUGGGUAUGACAGCCGCUCAUCUCAAACAGCAAUCUCUCAAGAAGCAAGCCUCGUCGCCAUGUUUGAAUCAAUCCACCCUUGUUGCUCCCCAAAUGAAAAGACGUCAACUUUCAUCGUCACCUUUGCAUCCGCUUACUCCAGUGUCACCAAAUGAAUCAUCAUUGUCUUCAGUGCACCCACAUCAUCCUGUCGGACCAGCCAAAAAGGAAACCGAUCCCGAGGAACAACAUCAACAACAUCAUAGCAACGACGACGCCUUUGCAACAACAACAACAACAACAGCAACCACGCAUGCUUCAUGUGAAGCCGAGAUUCAUCAAUUGCAGGAUCAAUUACGUACAUCCGAUAAGCGUAUCAAUGAACUUGAGGAAUCCAUUGACGAGCUUAAACGUGCUGGGAUGGAAACGAUUGAAUUAUAUGAGCGAGCUGUGCAACGACACGAACAAGAUAUGAAACGCUACACAGCCAAAUUGGCAGGUGCACAUGCACGGAUACAAACAUUGGAGGCGGAACGAGAUCGGCUUGUUAGUGCAAGGGAUGCAAUGAUUGCAGAUCAUAAACGUGGACUUGCAGAAGUUCAGGAACGAUUACAGCAAACAUUACAACAAAAGACAAACGAUGAGACAAAGUGGAAGGCUGAUCUUGAACAACAAUUGGCAACCACCAAAAGUGCACUUGAACAAGAACGUGUUACACAACAAUGUGCUGAAAGGGAGUGUGACAGGUUACGAGAGAAGAUCAAGGAGAUGGAAGAUGAUAAGAUCGGCUUGAUGGAAGAACUCGAACGUGCACGUACAGCUGCCAAGGAAGAACAACAAUUACGAUUAGUCAAGCUACAACAUCUCGAAUCUGAAAAUCGACAACUCAAUCAAGCCUUGCAGGAAGCACUUCGACAACGAGGUUUAGUCAACAACAACAACAACAACAACAACAACAACAAUUCCAAUUUCAUUGUCAACAGCAACAAUACGAUGCGUGUUAACAAAGAACUUCCACCAACACCCAAUGACCCUUCACAAGAGGAGCUGCAGGCUCAGCUCACUGAAGCACGCAAGAUCAUUGAUCGAAUGUCUCGUGAACGUGCAGAUGCAGAUCGCCAUCAUCGUCGUGAGAUCAAUACACUCAACAGGGAUAUCACUGAGCUUGAAGGCUUGAUCGAAGCAAAGAUAUUCAAGGAAGCCGAUUUACUCGAAGCGCUUGAUAAUGAACGCAAAGCGGUGCGUCGAUUACUUGCUGAACAUCAUCACCAUCGUCAUACCCAACAACAAGCUGCUCGAAAGGCCAUCACCCCUCGUACCAAAGUGAAUGCCCCUUUACGACCUCCACCUUCAGUACCACUUCCAACCAUUGCUACUACCACCAACACGCAUCCUGAAGGCGAGAAAUUAUACUGUGAUGUUUGUCAAGUGGAAGGACAUGAUUUGAUGGGGUGUCCCUCACUUUUGGAGCAAUUGCCUUCCUCAAUUCAGUCCUCCUGCCGGCAAGUCAGGGCCGAUAAUGAAGUCUUUUGA